AUGACGCAGAUACCGCAAGCAGCGCAGCCGCAGAACGACAAACUUGCCCGGUUCGCUGGUAGAAACUUCUCACGAUUCUCCUUGGAACAAAGCAUACAUUGCUUACCUGUUGACGAGACCGAGGAGGACAACUUCAACGAAGUGAACGACAUUUUCCGCCAACUGCUGGGCCGUGCAGUUUUACCUCGACUGCGACUCAGUGAAAUAGAUGAGCCGCAAGUGCUUGAGUGUGGUUUCCAGAAAGCUGCUUGGGUAGACGACAUACUUGACGCUUGUCCGGAUGCUUGGGUUGUCGGUAUCGAUAUCUUCACCGGCCAGGGCAACGGCGACGACUCAAGCGAAGAAGAUGAGGACGAAGACGAAGAUCGACCCGACUUUUUCAUCAAGAAGAGGUGGAACUUGAAUGCAUCAUUUCGAACAAGCGGUGACCCCGACCUUCGACCCGAAACGUUCCAUCUCAUCAACAGUCGCUGCCUCAUGGACGGAAUCAACACAGGACGGUGGGAGAGCUAUGUUCGAGAGCUGAGGAGCCUGCUCAAGCCUGGCGGCUGGUUGCAACUAGUCGAGGUGCACAUGCUGUUCCAGUCUGACAGCGGCCGAAGUACAACGUAUCUGGAACGCUGGUAUGACUACUACCAAAGCAGUCUGACCAGGAUGGGCAAAGAUCCGCGCAUUGGUCGACAACUCCAGCGCCUGCUCAUCGAUGCCGGCUUCGAGCAUAUCACGAAUAUGGUACACCGCCUGCCUAUGGGUGCCUGGCUUGAGGGCAAGGAGAGUCUGGGGUUCCAGGCCCGCGAUCUUGUAUCCAAGUUAUUGCGCUCCGCUUCUCUCUGGCCAUUCCUCCGUGUCCAGCAGCCUCCUUUGACGCCAGCACAGUACGAAGACCUGAUUACAGGUGCACAACGGGAGCUUUUGCAAGACAACCUCAAGCUGUACUUGAAUGUAUAUGCGGCCUAUGGAAGGCGGCCCAACCGAAGGCGCUGA